AUGGAAACUUCAAAUAACUACAAUACUAAUGUACUCGAUUUACCUGAUGAAAUGUUACUUGCGAUUUUCAAUAAGUUGAAUAUGAUUGAUGUACUCUAUUCAUUAGUCGACGUUAAUAAACGAUUUAAUCGAUUAACACUUGAUCCUUUUUAUAUUCAUACUCGUGAUUUGACUGUUAAAUGUUCAUUGCUUCAACGAACUUCUCCAUUAGAUAAUCAAGAGAUUGAUACAAUUUGUAAAAAAAUCUUACCAAGAAUUCAUCAUCAUAUACACAAAUUUACUGUUCCAUCAUGUUCAAUAGAAUGCAUUGUUAAUAUUGAUUAUCUUCAACUUCAAUCUUUAUCACUUGUCAAUUUUGAACAACAAAAAUUAUUAGGACAUUUAACAGGAGAAACAACUGUUUCUGGUUUAUUAACUAAUCAAAUCGCACAUCUUAAAGUCGAUAUUCUUUUUGAUAAAAAUCAAUCAAAUAUAUUCUUAUUGAUAUUAUCUUUGGGCAAACAUUUAACUGAUCUGACGUUUUAUCAUCAAUUCUCAUCUGAACAUCUAAGAAAUCCAACUUUUGAUCUAUCAUCAAGUCCUACAUCUUCAACUUUAACUAAACUAAUCAUUAAUGUAACUAGACUUGAUGAUUGUCUUUAUCUUCUCGAUGGAAGUCUUGAAUCUUUAGCUGCAUUGAUUAUUGAUAUAAAAAUAAUCACCUAUCCAUCAUCAAACAUAGAUAGCACGACGAAACUUCUCAAACUGAAACAGUUUCCAUUAACUUCGCAUCGUUUGACAUCUUUUUAUGACAAUCAAGUUGUUCCAUUACUUUGUCGAAUGGUAAAUAUCGAAGAUUUAACAUUAUUUCUCAAUGUAAUAAGAGACGAUUCGACUUACAUUGAUGGUACCCAUUUAUAUAACGAUGUUCUUGCUUUUAUGCCACAACUUCACAAAUUUACUUUCAGUAUUAAUACUAACGUCUUAAACAUUGAUACUAAUAUUGUGUUUCUAUCGAAUGAUGAUAUUCAGCGUAGUUUCAUCGAAAAAGGAAAUCGACAUGUUGGUUCAUAUGUUCAUAAUAGAUUAGCUAGGAUGGGUGGUCAAUGUCAUAUUUUUUCGCUUCCAUAUCAAUUCGAAACUUAUUUUCUGAUGUGCACUGAUUUUCAAGGUGGUGUAUUCGAUACAGUUCGAUCAAUGACAAUGAUUGAUUCAUAUCCAUUUGAACAUGAAUUAUUUAAAAGGGUAUCUCAACAUUUUCCUUUUCUCCGAAGCUUAACUUUGGUCAAUUCCUUUACACAAAAAAAUAAGCAACAUUCAUCUACAUUUAUCAUAUUUCCACAUCUUGAAGAACUGGAUAUUACGCUUGCGUGUGUUGAUUAUGCUGAACAAUUUCUCUUUGAAAAAAAUACUCGUUUACCUCGUUUUCUGGAACUUUAUAUUGGUUAUGAAACAUUAGCAAUGGUUACAAACAAUUUUACCAAUGAUUUAGCACGUCGCAAUUGUUCUCAAAUAAGACGUCUUGUUAUAGAAGAAUUAUAUGUUCGUCCUAAAGAUUUUCAUCUGUAUUUUCCUUUAUUGUAA